UGCUAUUUUAGAGGUCACGCAGUGUCCUUCAAGUUAGUAUAUAUCACAAGUCAAUAUUGUUGAAAAAGUAAAGGAUUACCGGUAGACUGUUGAUGUAAUAGAAGGCUUUUGGACUUUGUGGAGGUAAAGCAUGGAUGAGAACCUAAACUCCAAGAGAGUAGAUAAUAACAGAUUGGACAAGUGUUCAUUCCAUGGUGGUGUACUAGUACAUAAACACAAUGUGUUGUGUCCCAACUUUGUACUAUGUCCUCACAUAAUCGUGAUGGUGGGUCUGCCCGCCCGGGGCAAGACAUACAUGGGGAAGAAACUGGCCAGGUAUCUUAACUGGAUUGGGAUUAACACUAAAGUCUUCAAUGUCGGUGAGUACAGACGAGCAGCUACAAGUCAGUACAAGAACAAUGAAUUCUUCCGUCCUGACAAUGUCCAGGCCAUGGCAAUACGGAAUAAAUGUGCCAUGGAUGCUUUGGAAGAUGUCUGCCAUUGGCUGAAGGAAGGGGGCGAAGUGGGGGUUUUUGAUGCAACGAACACAACGAGAGAGCGCCGCCAGAUGAUAUACGACUAUGUUGUCAACAAAUGCCAAUUCAAAGUGUUCUUUGUGGAGUCUGUCUGUGAUGACCCAGAAAUAGUGAAUGCAAAUAUUAAGGUAUAG